AUGUCUAAUAGUCAGGUGACUUUUUAUCAGAAUCUGUUCUCUUUUAUCAUGUUAAUCAUGACACAGCUACAGCAUCAAAAACAACACUAUGGUCUAUGAAAGGAUGUACUGUAUUACCCUGUAUUACGCUCUCCAAUUCUUGUGAAUAGUGUGUGCUUAGUGCACGGUAAGUACAUGCAUACAGUACCAGUCAAAAGUUUGGACACACAUCUCUCCCUCUCAAUCUCUCUCUCUCUCUCCCUCUCUCUCAGCAGGCUUGUGCAGUAUUACAUUUGUGUAUGCUGUUUUGGUUCCAGGAUCCUGUUGUCCAAUAGAGUAGAGGUGGUGGUGGUAAGGACAGAUCUGUGUUAGCAACAUUACCUGUUUCCUGUGGUGUUGUGUCUCAUCCCGUGUCCUGACAGCUUCACUCACCUGUCUGUGUCCUCAAGGGUUGGCUAUCCGUCCUCACCUCAGGCCCAAACACACUGGCCCAUCCUGCUCUGAAGUCUCUCCACCCUGUCUGUCUCCUUCCGUUCAGGAACUACAACACCCCCACAGCAGCCAUACCUCAGAGGGCAGGUUGACAGACACGUGUCAACAUGGUAGACGUGACGGGAGCAUCACACAGAUUAUGCACGUACGGAUUUGUAGAGAAGUACAUAAAUGCCUGGACACACACUAGUAUAAUAAAUACCUACACACUCUCUUGAAUGCACAGACACAAUCAUAUACCAGUCAAAAGUUUGGACAUACCUACUCAUUCCCGGGUUUUUCUUUAUUUGUACUAUUUUCUACAUUGUAGAAUAAUAGUGAAGACAUCAAAACUAUGAAAUAACACAUAUGGAAUCAUGUAGUAACCAAAAAAGUGUUAAACAAAUCAAAAUAUAUUUUAUAUUUGAGAUUCUUCAAAGUAGCCACCCUUUGCCUUGAUGACAGCUUUGCACACUCCUGGCAUUCUCUCAACCAGCUUCAUGAGGUAGUCACCUGGAAUGUAUUUCAAUUAACAGGUGUGCCUUGAUAAAAGUUAAUUUGAGGAAUUUCUUUCCUUCUUAAUGCGUUUGAGCCAAUCAGUUGUGUUGUGACAAGGUAGGGGUGGUAUACAGAAGAUAGCCCUAUUUGGUAAAAGACCAAGUCCAUAUUAUGGCAAGAACAGCUCAAAUAAGCAAAGAGAAACGACAGUCCCUGAUCUGUUUCACCUGUCUUUGUGAUUGUCUCCACCCCCCUCCAGGUGUCGACCAUCUUCCCCAUUAUCCACAGUGUAUUUAUACCUGUGUUCUCUGUUUGUCUGUUGCCAGUUCGUAUUGUUUCGUCAAGCCUACCAGCGUUUUUCCCCUUGCUCCUGUCUUUUUCAAGUUCCUGUUAUCUAGUUUUCCCGGUUUUGACCAUUCUGCCUGCCCUGACCCUGAGUGAGCCUGCCUGCUGCUCUGUACCUUGUCACACCACCCUGGAUUAUUGACCUAUGCCUGCCCUGACCCUGAGACUGCCUGCCGUUCUGUACCUUUUGGACACUGAUCUGGAUUACUGACCUCUGCCUGCCCUUGACCUGUCGUUUGCCUGCCCCCUGUUUUUGUAAUAAACCUUUGUUACUUCGACACUGUCUGCAUCUGGGUCUUCUCCUGAAAUGUGAUAGUAUGAACUGGCCAUGACUCGGACCAGCUCCGCAACGCCAUCUCCUCCCAAGGAGCCACCAUCGAAAGGCACGAGGAGUUGCUUCAUGGUUCCAGACCUUGGCCGAACGCCAUGACCAAGCGUUUAACACAUUGCUGGAGCAAUUCCACGGGUUGUCUGUUAGGCAGCCUAUGACGACGGUAACCUCCCAGGCCCUCAGUAACCCGGCUAUUAGCAGCGUGGCCUCCCCGGCCACCCCGGUUUCCCGAGAACCCCGCCUACCUCCCCCGGAAUGCUUCGCUGGAGAGUCGGGAACCUGUCGGGCGUUUCUCGCUCAGUGUUCGCUCAUCAUCGAGCUGCAGCCCUCCACCUUCCCUUCGGACCGCUCUAAGAUAGUGUACCUCAUCACGCUGAUGUCCGGGAGCGCUCUCGCCUGGGCUACGGCAGUGUGGGAACAACAGUCGGCCGUAUGCUUCAGUCUGGAGGAGUUCAUGCAGGAUGUAAAGAACGUUUUCGAUGCUCCAUUGUCCGGGAUUGAGGCUGCCCGGAAGUAACUCCAGCUUCGGCAAGAAUCCCGCAGUGUGGCAGACUAUGCAGUGGAUUUCCGCACGUUGGCAGCUGAGUGUGCUUGGAACCCGGAAUCGCUGUUCGACACAUUCCUGCACGGAGUAUCGGAGGAAAUAAAGGACGAGCUUGCAGCCCGGAACUACCGACGGAUCUCGACUCGCUCAUCGUUUUGGCCAUUCGGAUCAAUGGGCGACUACGGGAACCCGAGUUUCCCCGAGAGUCUCCGAAGUCUGCCGAUUCACCUCUUCCCGAGCCGAUGCAACUAAGCAGAGCUAGGCUGUCUCCAGCCGAAAAGCAAUACAGGCUUCACACAAAGAGUUGCCUGUAUUGCGGGACUACUGGUCAUUUUGUGUCCACCUGUCCACUAAAAGACCAGGCUCACAGGUAGGAGCGAGUACUCUAGUGGGCCAUACGGAUAGCUUUUCCUCUCCCCUUACUCGCACCCCCUUUCAUGCCAUUUUGCUGUGGGAGAACCUUUCGAAAUCUAUCCGGGUACUCAUCGACUCUGGGGCCGAUGAGAGCUUUAUGGACACUACCAUGGUGUCAGAGCUGGGCAAUCCCACUCAGCCCCUCUCCAUUCCCAUGGAUGUUAGAGUGCUGGAUGGGCACUCUAUAGGCCGGGUCACCCACAAUACCACACCCAUCAACCUACGAGUAUCAGGGAACCACAGCGAGACAAUCCAAUUCCUGCUAAUUAAGUCUCCUCAGAUUCCCAUAGUAUUGGGUUUCUCUUGGCUCCAGCGAUUCAACCUCUUUAUUGACUGGUCUACUGGUGCCAUCAUGGGCUGGAGUCCGUUCUGCCAUGCUCAUUGCUUGAAGUUAGCGCUGCCUAACCCGGGACGUCUUCCUGGGGGCUCGGAAGUUGCAUCGGACCUCUUCGCCAUUCCCGCGGAGUACCAGGACCUCCGGGAGGUGUUCAGUAAGGCCCGGGCCACUUCGCUGCCGCCGCACCAACCCUACGACUGUGGAAUCGACCUUCUCCCAGGCACCACUCCGCCCCGGGGACGACUGUACUCACUGUCGAGUCCGGAGACCAAGGCUAUGGAGACCUACAUUGAGGACUCCCUAGCUGCCGGGUUCAUCCGUCCUUCUGCCUCCCCAGCCGGCGCAGUGUUCUUCUUUGUGGAGAAGAAGGACAAAACCCUGCACCCGUGCAUCGACAUCACGGUGAAGAACCGCUACCAGCUACCACUCAUCUCCUCAGCCUUCGAGCCGCUCCAGGGGGCCAACGUGUUCUCCAAGCUGGACCUACAGAACGCCUACCACCUGGUGCGGAUACGGGAGGGGGACGAGUGGAAGACUGCCUUCAACACGGCCAGCGGUCAAUACGAGUAUCUGGUCAUGCCAUUUGGCCUUACCAAUGCUCCAGCUGUGUUCCAGGCCCUGGUUAAUGAUGUUCUCUGUGACAUGUUGAACCGGUUCAUCUUCGUCUACCUCGACGACGUCCUCGUCUUCUCCCGCUCUGCCCAAGAACAUGCUCCACGUCCGACAGGUCCUCCAACGCCUCCUGGAGAACCAGCUUUUUGUGAAAGCGGAGAAAUGCAAAUUCCAUCGCUCCACCAUCCCCUUCCUGGGCUACAUCAUCGCUGCAGGGAAUAUACAGAUGGAGGUGGUGGAUUGGUCCCAGCCUACGUCCAGAGUGCAGCUGCAACGUUUCCUGGGGUUCUGCAACUUUUAUUGCCGCUUUAUCCGGGCUUACAGCACCAUGGCUUCCCUUCUGUCUGCACUCACCUCUCCCAAGGUUCCGUUCACAUGGUCCCCAGCUGCUGACCGGGCGUUCCGGGACCUCAAACACCGUUUCACCACUGCUCCCAUCUUGGUACAUCCUGACCCGUCCCGCCAGUUCGUGGUGGAGGCUGAUGUUUCGGAUGUCGGAGUUGGGGCGGUCCUGUCCCAGCGUUCGGCCCUGGACCUCAAGUUACAUCCCUGCGCCUUCCUCUCCCAUUGCCUCAACACCACGGAGAGGAAUUAUGAUGUGGGGAAUUGUGAUCUUCUCGCGGUGAAGAUGGCGUUGGAUGAGUGGAGGCACUGGCUGGAGGGGGCGGAACAUCCGUUCAUUAUGUGGACACACCACAAGAACUUGGAAUAUCUCCGCACCGCCAAGCAUGUCAAUUCCAGGCAAGCUAGUUGGGCCCUGCUUUUCACCCGGUUCAACUUCUCCCUCUCAUACCGACCGGGAUCCAAGAAUGUCAAGGCAGAUGCGCUGUCACGCCGCUAUAGCCCCGCGGCUACACCCCCGGAAUCCGAGACCAUCCUUCCCACCUUGUGCUUGGCGACAGGCACUCAGUUGGGGAAUAGGGAAGCAGGUCCGGAAGGCGCAGCAUUCCCAGCCGAACCCCGGGGUGGGGGGGGGGCAGAUAACCGGAUAUUUGUUCCUGAGUGGGCCCACUCCUCCAGGCUUGCCUGCCACCCGGGCUCCCGUCGGACCCUGGCCUUUGUGACAACGCUUUUGGUGGCCUACCAUGGUUCCUGACGUCUCCGCGUUUGUCGCCGCCUGCACGAUCUCUGCGCAGAACAAGACUACUCGGCAAGCUCCGGCUGGUCUCCUCCAACCUCUGCCUGUUCCUCACCGUCCCUGGUCUCACAUAUCCCUGGACUUUGUCACGGGUCUUCCCCCGUCUGAUGGCAACACCGCCAUCCUGACAGUUGUGGACAGGUUUUCCAAAGCCGCCCACUUCAUUCCUCUCCCCAAGCUACCCUCUGCCAAAGAGACGGUCCAGCUCAUGGAGCAGCAUGUCUUCCGGAUCCAUGGACUCCCAGUGGACAUGGUCUCUGAACGGGGUCCUCAGUUCUCGUCCCGGUUCUGGAAGGCGUUCUGCACACUCAUUGGGUCGUCAGCCAGCCUGUCCUCCGGUUUCCAUCCUCAGUCCAACGGCCAGUCGGAGUGAGCUAACCAAGACCUGGAGACGACGCUGCGCUGCCUGGUCUCCGCCAACUCCACCACCUGGAGCCAGCAACUAGUGUGGGUCGAAAACGCCCGCAACACCCUUCCCUGCUCUGCCACGUGUCUUUUGCCCUUUGAGUGUUCCCUGGGUUAUCAGCCCCCGCUCUUCCCGGAGCAAGAGGAAGAGGUCGGCAUACCCUCGGCCAGAUGUUUGUCCGCCACUGUCGUCGUACCUGGAGGAGAGCCUGGUCGGCUAUUCUCAAGACCACCUCCAGGUAUCGACAUCAAGCAGACCGCCACCGGACCCCAGCUCUCCGGUAUUGUCUUGGGCAGAAGGUAUGGCUGUCCACCCAAGAUCUGCCCCCCCGGGUGGAGUCCCGCAAACUUUCCCCCCGGUUUUUCUGGGUCUUCUCCUGAAACGUGAUAUCAUUACUUUAAGACAUGAAGGUCAGUCAAUCCGGAAAAUUUCAAGAACUUUGAAAGUUUAUUCAAGUGCAGCUGCAAAAACCAUCAAGCGCUAUGAUAAAACUGGCUCUCAUGAGGAGCGCCACAGGAAAGGAAGACCCAGAGUUACCUCUGCUGCAGAGGAUAAGUUCAUUAGAGUUACAAGCCUCAGAAAUUGCAGCCCAAAUAAAUGCUUCACAGAGUUCAAGUAACAGACACAACAUCAAUUGUUCAGAGGAUACUGUGUGAAUCAGGCCUUCAUGGUCGAAUUGCUGCAAAUAAACCACUACUAAAGGACACCAAUAAGAAGAAGAGACUUGCUUGGGCUAAGAAACACUAGCAACGGACAUUAGACCGGUGGAAAUCUGUCCUUUGGUCUGAUGAGUCCAAAUUGGAGAAUUUUGGUUCCAACCGCCGUGUCUUUGUGAGACGCAGAGUAGAUGAACGAAUGAUCUCUGCAUGUGUGGUUCCCACAGGUGUUAUGGUGUAGGGGUGCUUUGCUGGUGAUACUGUCUGUGAUUUAUUUAGAAUUCAAGGCACACUUAACCAGCAUGGCUACCACAACAUUCUGCAGUGAUACGCCAUCCCAUCUGGUUUGCGCUUAGUGGAACUAUCAUUUGUUUUUCCACAGGAAAAGACCCAAAACACACCUCCAGUCUGUGUAAGGGCUAUUUGACCAAGAAGGAGAGUGAUGGAGUGCUGCAUCAGAUGACCUGACCUCCACAAUCACCCGACCUCAACCCAAUUGAAAUGGUUUGGGAUGAGUUGGAACACAGAGUGAAGGAAAAGCAGCCAACAACACAGAGUGAAGGAAAAGCAGCCAACAAGUGCUCAGCAUAUGUGGGAACUCCUUCAAGACUGUUGGAAAAGCAUUCCAGGUGAAGCUGGUUGAGAGAAUGCCAAGAGUGUGCAAAACUGUCAUCAAGGCAAAGGGUGGCUACUUUGAAGAAUCUCAAAUAUAGAAUAUAUUUUGAUUUGUUUAACACUUUUUUGGUUACUACAUGAUUCCAUAUGUGUUAUUUCAUAGUUUUGAUGUCUUCACUAUUAUUCUACAAUGUAGAAAAUAGUAAAAAUAAAGAAAAACCCUUGAAUGAGUAGGUGUCUCCAAACCUUUGAAUGGUACUGUAUAUUUAUAUAUGUAUGUGUGUAUACAGUGGGGAGAACAAGUAUUUGAUACACUGCCGAUUUUGCAGGUUUUCCUACUUACAAAGCAUGUAGUGGUCUGUAAUUUUUAUCAUAGGUACACUUCAACUGUGAGAGACGGAAUCUAAAACAAAAAUCCAGAAAAUCACAUUGUAUGAUUUUUAAGUAAUUAAUUUGCAUUUUAUUGCAUGACAUAAGUAUUUGAUACAUCAGAAAAGCAGAACUUAAUAUUUAGUACAGAAACCUUUGUUUGCAAUUACAGAGAUCAUACGUUUCCUGUAGGUCUUGACCAGGUUUGCACACACUGCAGCAGGGAUUUUGGCCCACUCCUCCAUACAGACCUUCUCCAGAUCCUUCAGGUUUCGGGGCUGUCGCUGGGCAAUACGGACUUUCAGCUCCCUCCAAAUAUUUUCUAUUGGGUUCAGGUCUGGAGACUGGCUAGGCCACUCCAGGACCUUGAGAUGCUUCUUACGGAGCCACUCCUUAGUUGCCCUGGCUGUGUGUUUCGGGUCGUUGUCAUGCUGGAAGUUCCAGCCACGACCCAUCUUCAAUGCUCUUACUGAGGGAAGGAGGUUGUUGGCCAAGAUCUCGCGAUACAUGGCCCCAUCCAUCCUCCCCUCAAUACGGUGCAGUCGUCCUGUCCCCUUUGCAGAAAAGCAUCCCCAAAGAAUGAUGUUUCCAUCUCCAUGCUUCAUGGUUGGGAUGGUGUUCUUGGGGUUGUACUCAUCCUUCUUCUUCCUCCAAACACGGCAAGUGGAGUUUAGACCAAAAAGCUAUAUUUUUGUCUCAUCAGACCACAUGACCUUCUCCCAUUCCUCCUCUGGAUCAUCCAGAUGGUCAUUGGCAAACUUCAGACGGGCCUGGACAUGCGCUGGCUUGAGCAGGGGGACCUUGCGUGCGCUGCAGGAUUUUAAUCCAUGACGGCGUAGUGUGUUACUAAUGGUUUUCUUUGAGACUGUGGUCCCAGCUCUCUUCAGGUCAUUGACCAGGUCCUGCCGUGUAGUUCUGGGCUGAUCCCUCACCUUCCUCAUGAUCAUUGAUGCCCCACAAGGUGAGAUCUUGCAUGGAGCCCCAGACCGAGGGUGAUUGACCGUCAUCUUGAACUUCUUCCAUUUUCUAAUAAUUGCGCCAACAGUUGUUGCCUUCUCACCAAGCUGCUUGCCUAUUGUCCUGUAGCCCAGCCCAGCCUUGUGUAGGUCUACAAUUUUAUCCCUGAUGUCCUUACACAGCUCUCUGGUCUUGGCCAUUGUGGAGAGGUUGGAGUCUGUUUGAUUGAGUGUGUGGACAGGUGUCUUUUAUACAGGUAACGAGUACAAACAGGUGCAGUUAAUACAGGUAAUGAGUGGAGAACAGGAGGGCUUCUUAAAGAAAAACUAACAGGUCUGUGAGAGCCGGAAUUCUUACUGGUUGGUAGGUGAUCAAAUACUUAUGUCAUGCAAUAAAAUGCAAAUGAAUUACUUAAAAAUCAUACAAUGUGAUUUUCUGGAUUUUUGUUUUAGAUUCUGUCUCUCAUAGUUGAAGUGGCGGCAGAUAGCUUAGUGGGUAAGAGCGUUGUGCCAGUAACCGAAAGGUCGCUGGUUCUAAUCCCCGAGCCGACUAGGUGAAAAAUCUGUUGACGUGCCCUUAAGCAAGGCACUUAACCCUAAUCGCUCUGGAUAAGAGCGUCUGCUAUAUGACUAAAAUGUAAAUGUAAGUGUACCUAUGAUAAAAGUUACAGACCUCUACAUGCUUUGUAAGUAGGACAACCUGAAAAAUCGGCAGUGUAUCAAAUACUUGUUCUCCCCACUGUACAUAUAAUGGUGUGUAAAGACAGUAUGGACAGUAUACGAAUAGAAAAGGUGUGUACAGCAGUGGUUAUAUAGGAUGAGCAAUGACUAGAAAACACUAUAUACAUAUAAAGUGGGUAAAACAUUAUGUAAACAUUAUUAAAGUGACCAGUUUUCAAUGACAAUGUUCAUAGAGAAGUAACACACGUGCACAAGUAAGGACUUCGAAAAGUGGUCCCUGUCACACUCCUACGACAUGUGUAUGUCAACAACCCACAUACAAAAAUCCUCUCUCUCCAACAUGUGGUAAGCAAUCCCAAAAAAUACACAAUCCAACAAAUACACUUCUAUUACACUCAUCCACUAACUAACACCAAACAAAAUCCCUUGUUCAUACACACUCAGAUUUCCAGUAGAAUUUAGAUAUGCCAGUGCUACUAAACGUCUUUAAAUUGUGUACUCAUCUGGGUAAAGUAAUGUAGUCCAAAAAAAGGAAAAGGUGAUGGCAUUUCCCAAAAACACUACAACAACCUUUUAAUAUAUAAGACCACCUAUGUAUUUUUUUUUCAAUACUUUAUUUAUUUAUUUUUUAGGGGGUAGAUCAGCUUUAAUAUUGCAGAUACAUUGGGGGAAAAAAGUAUUUAGUCAGCCACCAAUUGUGCAAGUUCUCCCACUUAAAAAGAUGAGAGAGGCCUGUAAUUUUCAUCAUAGGUACACGUCAACUAUGACAGACAAAAUGAGAGAGAAAAAAUCCAGAAAAUCACAUUGUAGGAUUUUUAAUGAAUUUAUUUGCAAAUUAUGGUGGAAAAUAAGUAUUUGGUCAAUAACAAAAGUUUCUCAAUACUUUGUUAUAUACCCUUUGUUGGCAAUGACACAGGUCAAACGUUUUCUGUAAGUCUUCACAAGGUUUUCACACACUGUUGCUGGUAUUUUGGCCCAUUCCUCCAUGCAGAUCUCCUCUAGAGCAGUGAUGUUUUGGGGCUGUCGCUGGGCAACACAGACUUUCAACUCCCUCCAAAGAUUUUCUAUGGGGUUGAGAUCUGGAGACUGGCUAGGCCACUCCAGGACCUUGAAAUGCUUCUUACGAAGCCACUCCUUCGUUGCCCGGGCGGUGUGUUUGGGAUCAUUGUCAUGCUGAAAGACCCAGCCACGUUUCAUCUUCAAUGCCCUUGCUGAUGGAAGGAGGUUUUCACUCAAAAUCUCAUGAUACAUGGCCCCAUUCAUUCUUUCCUUUACACGGAUCAGUCGUCCUGGUCCCUUUGCAGAAAAACAGGCCCAAAGCAUGAUGUUUCCACCCCCAUGCUUCACAGUAGGUAUGGUGUUCUUUGGAUGCAACUCAGCAUUCUUUGUCCUCCAAACACGACGAGUUGAGUUUUUACCAAAAAGUUCUAUUUUGGUUUCAUCUGACCAUAUGACAUUCUCCCAAUCCUCUUCUGGAUCAUCCAAAUGCACUCUAGCAAACUUCAGAUGGGCCUGGACAUGUACUGGCUUAAGCAGGGGGACACGUCUGGCACUGCAGGAUUUGAGUCCCUGGCGGCGUAGUGUGUUACUGAUGGUAGGCUUUGUUACUUUGGUCUCAGUUCUCUGCAGGUCAUUCACUAGGUCCCCCUGUGUGGUUCUGGGAUUUUUGCUCACCGUUCUUGUGAUCAUUUUGACCCCACGGGGUGAGAUCUUGCGUGGAGCCCCAGAUCGAGGGAGAUUAUCAGUGGUCUUGUAUGUCUUCCAUUUCCUAAUAAUUGCACCCACAGUUGAUUUCUUCAAACCAAGCUGCUUACCUAUUGCAGAUUCAGUCUUCCCAGCCUGGUGCAGGUCUACAAUUUUGUUUCUGGUGUCCUUUGACAGCUCUUUGGUCUUGGCCAUAGUGGAGUUUGGAGUGUGACUGUUUGAGGUUGUGGACAGGUUUCUUUUAUACUGAUAACAAGUUCAAACAGGUGCCAUUAAUACAGGUAACGAGUGGAGGACAGAGGAGCCUCUUAAAGAAGAAGUUACAGGUCUGUGAGAGCCAGAAUCUUGCUUGUUUGUAGGUGACCAAAUACUUAUUUUCCACCAUAAUUUGCAAAUAAAUUCAUAAAAAAUCCUACAAUGUGAUGUUCUGGAUUUUUUUUCUUCUCAAUUUGUCUGUCAUAGUUGAUGUGUACCUAUGAUGAAAAUUACAGGUCUCUCUUAUCUUUUUAAGUGGGAGAACUUGCACAAUUGGUGGCUGACUAAAUACUUUUUUCCCCCACUGUAGAUUGUAACUUCCAUCAAUGUAAUUGUCUGCAUCACUUCCAAUCCCUCAUAUGUUUUUUUUCUUUUUCUCGCAUAUAUAUACACAUACAUAUACGCAUAUACAUACAUAUAUAUAUAUAUACAUACAUAUCCUUAAAAAAUAUAUAUAUUUCCCUUUAUUACUUUCCAACCCCACCAUCCCUUCCGUAAUUGGAGUAAACUAGUGAACAACAAUGCUUAGGCCUCUACUUCAUGCUUAUACAUACUAUAUACAUUUUAUGGACACAGUCAAUAAUUAUAUUUUGUUUGUUUUUACUCCUGAACUUCCUCCGAUCAUUUUCAUGAUGUCCAUCUGGUAUGCUUCUAUAUGCCAUAUCUUUCUAACUGUGCUGUUUCACAAAAGCUCACAAUAUAUAACCCAUAUACUUAUUAUGGACACAGCAUGUCUUACACUAGUUAUCUUGUUGUUAUUAGUCCCAUCCUUCAGCUCCAUUCAAAACCUCCCAUCUAUCUAUCUUUUAACACCAUCCAUAUUGGAUUUCUAUUUGCCAUAUAUUUUUCAACUGUACUGUGAUGUUUUACAAAAGUUCUGAACCUUUCUAUUCUCAUUGUUUCUACAGUUUGUGAAUUGAAAAUAAACAUUUUUGCUAAAAGUAUUAUUAUAUUAUUGAUCGAUUGACUAUGACUUUUCAGAUCACCCAGUAGUGCUAUCUGCAGGGUCAGCUCCAUGCAAAUAUUGCAAUCCUUCAGCCAUUCCUGGACCUGUGUCCAGAAACAAGCUACAAAUGGACAGUACCAAAACAAAUGAUCUAAUGAUUAUGUCUCUUCACAGCCAAAUCUUCAGAGCUGGGAAGAUUGUAUCCCCCAUACAAAUAACAUUAUAUUGGUAGCAAGAAUUGUAUAUAAUAAUUUAAAUUGAAAAAUUAUAAGUUUUGAAUCCGGCGUCGUUUUGCGUAUCAGUUCAUAAACACUAUGCCAUGGAAUCGGUACGUCAAAAAUCUCUUCCCAACUAUUUUGCAAACUAUAUGGGAUGGCUGUCAAUCUUUCGGUCCUUAAAUGAAACUGGUAAACCUUUUUAUUUAUCACAAUUUUCUGUAACCAAUUAUGUUCUUUAAUGCAAGGCCGACAGACAAGUUCCUUACUUUUUCAUCCUUCCACUUUCCUCUUCCAUUUUUGCGGUAAUGCUGCAAUUAUUUGGUUGUAAUUUUGGAUAGAGCAGACAUUUCCAUAUGUUUUUGUUAGCUGCAUAACUCCACCAUUCCUACUGAUAAUAUAAUUUACGAACAUUAUACCUAUUUAUUUUUUUAUCUAAAAAAAUAACGUUUUAUUUAAUCAAAUAGUAUAUUUGAGUUUAACCACAAUAUUUGUUGCAAUAUUUGUUCUGUCAUUUCUGGAGGAUUAAAUUGAAAUUGCAACCAACUUUCUAUGGCUUGUUUUAGAAAUAGUGAUAUUUGGGAGAUUAUUUCCUUUUCAAAUAUCUGAAAGUGAGGGGUUGUAAUCUGAAUAAAGGGAAAAAGUCCCUUCUUGAACAUUGGGUGAGACAAUCUUACUAGUUUGCUAGAGAACCAGUUCGGAUUUAAGUAUAAUUUUUGUCUUUAAUUGCAUCCAGAAGUUCCUCCUCUGUAAUUUCACCUUCACAUGAGCCUUUCUGUAUGGCUGUUAACUUUACAUUAUCAAUAGAAAAAAAAAUCUCUACAAUUUGCUUCAGUUAGAGGAGAUGGAGGUGACUGAAAUGAAAACAUAUGCUUAAAGUACUUUGUUUCCUCCUUCAAAAUAUAAUUUGGUGAAUCAUGGGUGACUCCGUCAUUUGUAACCAGUUUCAAUAAAUAAUUUUUGGUAGCAUUCCUAUGUUGAAGAUUAAAAAAUAAUUUGGUGCAUUUUUCCCCAUAUUCCAUCCAGUUUGCUUUAUUUUUAUAAUAUAUUACACUUGAUCAUUCUUGAAUAAGUUUCUCCAUUUCUUUUUGUUUUUCCUCUAAUUUAUUCUGAGCCUCUAUGUUACAGUUUUUAUUGCUAUCUAUCUGUUCUGUUAGACCUUCUGUUUCCUUUGUUAGUGUGGACUCUUUUGACCUAAAUUGCUUUUGUUUUCGAGAUAAGUACUGAAUUGCAUGGCCUCUAAAGGCACAUUUAAAGGUGUCCCAUACAAUAAGGCAGGGGUGUCAAACGUCCGGCCCGCGGGCCGGAUCAGGCCCGCAAACGGGUUUAAUCCGGCCCGCGAGAUGAUAAAAAAAUAAAUAAUAAUAAUAAUAAUAAUAAUAAUAUUAAUAAUAAUAAUUUUGUAAAGUAUAAAAAUGCGCUGCAAUUUUUCAAUAAAAUAAACUGCUGUUCCAAUUGCGUCCACUGGAUGGCGCAAUAGCAAUUGUGUUAAGCAAGCAAACUGUUUAUACCGGGGCAGAGCAAGUAGGUGAAGCACGUGCAGCCAAUGAGCUACUUUGUUUUGCCCGCGAUAUUUAUUACGGCUUCUACUUUUAACAUUAUGUGCUUUGGCACCCUCAUUGCCCCAAUAUGUCUCUGUCAAAAAAGAGAAAAGUGGACGCAGAGUGCAGAGUGUUCCAAGAAAAAUGGUCAUCCUAUUUAUUCACGGAAUUGAAUGGGAAAGCUGUAUGUUUGGUGUGUUCAGAGCAUGUUGCAGUGCUGAAAGAAUAUAACCUUCGUCGCCACUAUGUGAGUCUUCAUGCCGACAAAUAUGACAACUUUCAAGGACAGCGGAGAUGAGAGAAGGUGAAUGAACUGUUGGCGGGUCUGAAGAAACAGCAGUCUGUGUUUACUCACAGCCGAGACAUCAGUGACGCUGCAGUGAAAGCUAGCUACCUCAUUGCUAAUGAAAUCGCAGUGGCUUCAAAACCAUUUAGUAAGGGGUGAAUUUGUAAAAACAUGCAUGAUGAAGGCAGCGGAGAUUGUGUGCCCUGAAAAGCGGCAGGCUUUUGCAAAUAUCAGCCUGACAAGAAACACAGUUGCAGACAGGAUUUCCGAUCUUUCAGUGGAUUUGGACAGCCAGUUGAAGCAAAAAGUAAAGUCAUUUAUUGCGUUUUCAGUUGCAAUUGAUGAAAGCACGGACAUUACAGAUGUUGCACAACUGGCCAUUUUCAUCCUCGGAGUUGAUGACACAUUGACCGUCACCGAGGAGUUCGUGGAGUUGGUGCCGAUGACAGAUACAAGACAGCAGCUGAUAUUUUUACCGCACUCGUCGGAGCGCUGGACAGGGUCGGAGUGGACUGGUCCCGCGCUGUCAGCCUGGCUACAGAUGGUGCGCCCUCAAUGAUCGGGAAAAAAGCAGGCGUUGUGACAAAGUUCAGAGAGAAAGUGCAAUCUGCAAAUGGAGGACGUGAUUUUUUGACUUUUCACUGUAUUUUGCACCAGGAGGCUUUGUGUUGCAAGUCAUUAAAGAUGGAUAAUGUCAUGAAGGUGGUCAUCCAAACUGUUAAUUUCAUCCGAUCCAGAAGCCUGAAUCACCGUCAGUUUGACAGCCUUCUCAGAGAGAAAGACCACAUCUAUGGCCUGCCAUACCACACUGAGGUAAGAUGGUUAAGCCGAGGUGCUGUGCUGAGGCGUUUCUUUGAUUUACGAGAAGAAAUUGAACAGUUCAUGGAAGAAAAGGGCAAACCAGUGUUAGAAUUUCAUUCCGCAGAAUGGAUGCAGGACCUUGCAUUUAUGGUGGAUGUUACAGAGCACCUGAAUAACUUGAACAAACAGCUGCAAGGGCGCAACAAAGUUGUCACGCAGUAUUAUGACAGCAUACGUUCUUUCAAGUUGAAGCUGUCAUUGUGGGAGACGCAACUUGCCGGUGGUGAUGCAGCUCACUUCCCCUGUCUGAAAAAUGUGUGCGCGACCCAACAUGUGGCAGACAUGAAGCGGUUCAAAGAUAAAAUAACGGGACUGUUACGGGAGUUUGAGCAACGCUUUCAGAUUUAUGUUUAUAUGUUUUUAUGUUGAUGUGCUAUUGUUUUUAAUUGAUUUUAUUUUAUUUGUAUAUUUAACCUAUUCUUGACUCUGUGGUUCUUGCACUUGUUUGGGGAACAGGAUUUCAUUAUUUUUUAUCUACAUUUCUGCCUGAGAAAUGACACCCUGAUAUAGUUCUGUGAUCUGUGAUAUACUUCUGUGAAUCACUGAGGCAUUGUGUGUUUGUGUGUUCUUUGUCCUCAGAACUUUCAAAUAACUUGAGGUGUUUUAUGAUUAAUAGUGAUGUUGUGCUUUUGGACACUGUCCUCAGGCUCCAGCUUUAUGUUUAUAUGUUUUUAUGUUGAUGUGCUAUUGUUUUUAAUUGAUUUUAUUGUAUUUGUAUAUUUAACCUAUUCUUGACUCUGUGGUUCUUGCACUUGUUUGGGGAACAGGAUUUCAUUAUUUUUAUCUACAUUUCUGCCUGAGAAAUGACACCCUGAUAUAGUUCUGUGAUCUGUGAAACAGUUCUGUUAAUCACUGAGGCAUUGUGUGUUUGUGUGUUCUUUUUCUUUAGAAUUUUCAAAUAAACUUGACGUGUUUUAUGAUUAAUAGUGAUGUUGUGCUUGUACUAUUUUGGACACACUGUCCUCAGGCUCCAGCUUUAUGUUGUAUGUUGAUCGUAUUAAAACAAAGAAAACAAUCUGAAGUUGUUGUUUUUAAGUUAUAUAUACCAUGAUUUUUCCGGUCCGGCCCACUUGGGAAUAGAUUUUCCUCCAUGUGGCCCCUGAGCUAAAAUGAGUUUGACACCCCUGCAAUAAGGGGAUUUGCUGUACCUAUGUUAUGUCGGAAAAAAUCAGUUAUAAAUUCCUCUGUCCUAGUUAAAAACAAGUUAUCAUCCAAUAGGCUUUGAUUACAUUUCCAAUAUCCUCGCCCACGUGGAAAUUCAGUAAGAGUAAUGUAUAUGCCAAUUAUAUGAUGGUCCGACCGCAUUCUGUCCCCUAUCAACACUUUUUAAACUUUGGUGCCAAUGAGAAUGACAUAAGAAAGAAGUCAAGACGACUAGCUUGAUUGAGUCUCCGCCAUGUAUAUCUCACUAGAUCAGGAUAUUUAAGCCUCCAUAUAUCUACUAGUUCUAAUGUAUCCAUGACAUUCACGAUUUCCUUAAGAGCAUGAGUGUGAUUGUUUGUAUCCUUUUUCCACGCAACUUCAUCUAGAAUUGUUGAAUGGGUUUCCUGUAAACAAUAGAUAAUAUAUUCCUUCUCUUUGAGCCAUGUAAAUAUUGUUCUUCUUUUGUUAUUAUCUGCUAAGCCAUUACAAUUAUAACUGGCUAUACUCAUUUCACCACAUACCAUAAUGAGAUACAAGUUUCAAAUCUAUUUGUCAUUAUAUAUGUUUGUAGAUUUACCAAUAGAAAAUACCAUAGUGAUUGAGUGUCCAUAUGAUAUUUGCAAUGUUACUAAAUAACCCUCCAAUUGUUCUCCACUAAUUCCCCCGCUAAAACCCCUCCCCAUCCCAAGUUGGGCCGUCAUCCCAACCACCUAUGUAUUGUAAAAAGUUAUUGUUGCAAACUUUUUGGGAGAUGCCAUCAUCUUUUAUUUUAUUUUUGGACAAUGUAGAUUUCCACCCCUGCUUUCUGCUCUAGUCAUGGCCCCACUGAAUGUGCCCUGCCCUGACCUGCCUGACUGAAUCGAUGAUGACAUCAUAUCCUGUUGGGAGCAGGGCAGACCAUAGUUGUAAGUGUGUCAACUCCAUAGAGAUAGUUAGAGGAUGCAACAUUGUAUCUAACCCAUUAUGGUGUCUGUGAGAGCAUGGGCAGCGCCAGAGGCCAUCUCCAUUUUGAAGUAGUCAAUUUUCUUCUAAUACUACUUCUAUGAGUUGGUAAACAAACUGAAAGGCUGCCACCUGGAGUGUGUUGUUUGAAAAGGUUUAAAGCCAAGGUUGCCGAUUUACUGCCACCUGCAGUUAUGGAAUGUUUGCUCACAAUUAUAAUUCAUUGGCUGGUCCCUCCUGAUGACCUGGAUGGAAUUAUGGGAUCCUUCCUUAACCCAUAGGAAGUCCCACCCAGUUGACUACUUAAAAAUGGUGAAAGUCCUCAAUGGUGUUCCCCAUGCUAAAAUGGGCUUUUGGGCACUAGAUUCCUCUAUCUAUCUCUAUGUUGAAACCCGAGAGAGGAAUAUGAUUAGUCAUUUGAAUCAGACUGAAAGAGUACAUUUGAGUUUUUAGUUUACUUUUUGGAAUAUUAGGAGUAUGUUUUUCCCCCUUUUCUCCUAUUAUUUCGCAGUUCUCAUCCCAUCCAGUAGGUGGUACAGUUGGUGUAGUUCGCCAUAAAACUUCAUAGAAGAAGAAGAACAUGAUUUCACUUUCACUUUGGGCUAUCUGUCACUGAGUCAUUCAGGGUGUGGAGUAGUACAGAUAGGCAGGCGGGCUAACAGAGAAACGAAAAGAACAAACGGCUUGAAGAGACAUACGGACACAUUUAGACACUCUACCAUGGCAUUUAACUACCCGGCAGCUCGGAGAGAUGAGAGUAAGGUCGGUGUCAAAUUCGAACUGCUCUCUCUGCUUCCUCUCUCUUUCGACCAUUCUGUCUUAAAGGGGUAGCCGCACAAUCAGGAAGAGAUUGCAGCAUAAGAGAGCAAAAACGAGCAGGCCUUCACUUUGUGCAAAGUCAGUGUGGCUGAGCCAUAGAGAAUGAUAGAGAAAGCAUCCCUUAAUAGUUCACAUCAUGGCGUCUAUGAGCGAACGGGCAGCGCCAUUGAGGCAAUCUCAAUUUUGAAGUAGUCUUAUAUUUAUUUUAUUGGCUAAUCCCUACUGAUGACCCAGUUGGACAUGACUUCAACAGAGUCACCAGGAGGGAUCAGCCAAUGAAGUUGGAAGUCCAACACAGUUGACUACAUUACAAUGGUGGAAGCCCUCAAUGGCUCUGCCCAUGCUAAUAAAACCUUUUGGCCUCUAGAGGCCUCUAUCAUUCUAUAUGGGCUAAGCUGAGUAACCCUGAGAAAAAUAAUGGUUUCUGUUUCCAAUUUGGUUUUGCCUCUACAGGUUCUAACGAAGGCCUGUAGUUCUGAGUAAGACUGUUACUUUUAUCUUUAGCCAUGUGUCAUACACUGUUGUAGGCUAUAAAUCAGUCAGUAAAUGUUUAAUCUUUAAGUUAUCUGAAUUCCAUUGGACAUUGCCACAUCAAACCCCAUUCAAUCAAUGUAAUAUUUAAAUAAGGCAAUUUACUGACAUUCUUUAGAACUCAGCUGUCAACCAACUAUGCUUUGGGGUCAUUACACAUCCUUUACAAACAUUGUGUGACAGAGCCUCUUUGUUUUUCUUUCCGUACAUGCAGUCAUACUUAUAGUAAGUGUUGUAUUUCUAUCCUGUAGGUGGAUGACUACCAUGGGGUUAAGAUAUGUGACCCGUAUGCCUGGUUGGAAGAUCCUGACAGUGAAGAAACCAAGGUAAUUGUGAUGCAAUCUGGAAAGACACAUAAUGACAACUGAUUUGUUUCAGUAUUGCAGCUACCUAUUCCUGAACACUGACAUGUGUUUGUUUUGUCCAGGCCUUUGUGGAGGAACAGAAUAAGCUGACCAUGCCAUUCCUGGAGCAGUGUGCGGUUAGGCCUCAGUUUCACCAGCGGCUAACUGAGCUCUCUGACUACCCCAAAUACAGCUGCCCCUACAAGAGAGGAAACAGGUUAGGAACUAAAAUACAGAUGGCCCUACAAGAGAGGAAACAGGUUAACUAAAAUACAGAUGGCCCUACAAGAGAGGAAAUGGGUAGGAGCUAAAAUACAGCUGCCCCUACAAGAGAGGAAACAGGUUAACUAAAAUACAGCUGCCCCUAAAAGAGAGGAAACGGGUAGGAACUAAAAUACAGCUGGCCCUACAAGAGAGGAAACGGUUAGGAAUUAAAAUACAGCUGGCCCUACAAGAGAGGAAACUGUUAGGAAUUAAAAUACAGCUGCCCCUACAAGAGAGGAAACGGGUUAGGGAACUAAAAUACAGCUGCCCCUAUGUUACGUUUGAUACCGGAGCACCGAGGCAUGCGUCAAAAUCUAUUGCAGCUAACUUCGAAGCAGUGUGCCGAUGCGUGUAUCACUUUAUCAGAAGUAUGUCAUCCAUGACGUCCAAAGCUUAGUUUGAUGACGUGCUUUUUCAAACCGUGUGUUGCAAACUGCAAGAUCCCACUGAUUUCGCCGUGGUUCUGGUGCUUUCUUCAAUUCCAAGCUGCUUUCAAACACCGACCUCUACUGGACAAUUAAAAACAAACUGCAGACAUCUCAGAACAAAUUAGUCACAAUUAUUCUUAAACUUCCAGCACGUAUUAAUCUUGACCAUUCCCACUUUGAAAGCCUCAGAUGGCUCAAAGUGGAGGAGAGAGUCUGUCAGAUUAAAGUGUGUCUUGUACAUAAGCUUGUCCACAGUAUGGUCCCCAGGUACCUAUGUAAUGACUUUAGCUUGGUCCAGGAUAACCAUAACUAAUCCACUAGAAGGAGUGAAACUGACGCUGUUCCUUUUAGAUUUAAUAGUAGUAUGGGGAAAGAAACCUUUUUGUACUCAGCUGCCAUUCUUUAGAAUAGUCUUCCAAAGAAUUUGAAACAUAUAACCUCCAUAGGCAGUUUCAAGUUCUCACUGAAAAAAUAGCUAAAUAGUAGCAUGUCUCAAAGUGAGUCGUAAGACUACGCACAAUACGUGGGUGAGAUGAAAGUGCCUGGGAUCGCAUAUGGUCUGCCUUUUGGUGCCUAUUGUGUAUCAUAUUGUGAUUGUCUUGUGUUUGUAUAUGUAAGAUAUUGAAUGUUGUAUACUGUAUAUUAUGGGUAUGUGAGACAAGGGAGAUGUACCUGACUAGAGUUGUUUAUUAGGAAAUGGAUCUGUACUAUUUAACUCAUUUUAUGAAACAAACAACAAUUUUGUCUGUCGUUGUUUGUUGCCACUACCAUUGCUGCCUAACCUUGCUGCAUCCCGCCCCCCCUCCAAAAGGACCACAAUGGAAACAAGCUUUCAAGCUUUAUUGUGUUAUCCUUGAUGAUUUUCUUAAAUUGAAUGUGGAGGCAUCACUGGCUGGAGCACCCUUACGUAUGUAUACAAAAAAGAAAAGGUCUAAUAAACUCAAUCCAUCAAACCGUACAAAUAUAGUCAGGAUUUUGUACAAAAAGUUUCACUUUACCGGUGGCUUAGCAAGUAGAGAGGGAACUAUGGAACAUUCAGGGAUGUGAGGGUACGAGGUCAAAUCCUGUUGAAGACACACUAUUUAGAAAAUUGUUUUAUGUGAAAUCACACUUUCUGCACAGUUGUUCAAAUAAUUUGUUUUAUGUAGUAUAGCUUCUAUCUUCAGCAUCCCAAAUAAUGGCAUAGAUUCCGUUAAAAAAAAAUUGUAAACUUGAAGGCAAAAAAGGGAAACAUAAUGUAAAAUUAGAACCUGGUAUUCCAAUUGAUUAUAGGCUACUAAAGCCAACGACUUACCGCUGCGGCAAGGCGUUUUGCUAAAAACAUGCUAUUUAAUGCUGACCAGAAGAUGUCACUAAUGUGCAUUUUGAACAGAUAAUGAAGGUCCGAGCAGAGUAUGUGAGCUGAGCUGGAGAGGAGCUGGAGCGGAGCGAGGAGCGGAGUGUGCCUAAUUUGACUGGAGAUUCAAAUACGUUUAAUUCAAAUCCAUAUGGUUUGGUUUCAAUACUUAAAAAACAAUUGGUAGGUCCAGGUAGUCACAAAAAUAGAUGGGUGUUGGUUAAAUUGUGAUUUUAAUGAAUGGAGCGAAUUUGGAGCUGCAGUGUUUUUUCCUGUGAGCGUGGAGCGGUAGGAAAGCACAUGAAGCGCAAGAGCGGUGCCAUGAGUGGGAUUUGCAACCGCUCAACUCCGCUCACAUGCUCUGGCUCCGAGUAAUGAACAGUUUUUUGGCACAAUUUGGUGAAAGCAUCACUACAGCUGCCUCUACAAGAGAGGAAACAAACAUGCUUUGAACUAAAAUACAGGUGCCCCAACAAGAGAGGAAACAACAUAGAGAGAGAGGACUCAUCUUUGUAUCUGUGCCAAUAUAGCGUCUGUGACAGAACGGGCAGCGCCAUUGAAGCUAUCUCCAUUUUGAACUUGUCAAUUUUCUUCUUCAAGAUUGCCUGAUCCCUUCUGAUGAGCCGAUUGGACAUGACUCCAACAGGGUCACCAGGAGGGAUCAGCCAAUGAAGUUGGAAGUCCCACCCAGUUGACUACAUGGUGGAAGCCCUCAAUGGUGCUGUCCAUGCUAAAAUGGCCUUUUGGCCACUAGAGGCCUCUAUCAUUCUCUAUGGGGAAAUAAACAGGUUAGGACCUAAAAUACAGCUGCCCCUACAAGGGAGGAAACAGGUUAAAAAGCAGUUUAAGGACUAAUCAAAAGAUUCAGUACUGGGCUGGAACAAAAGCCUGCACACUUAUUUCCAAGAAAAUGCACAACAAUGAGGGCCAAAGGGGUAAGUACGCAAUAACUGCCUGUGUAGCAUGUGUGAAACUUACUCCUCAGCCUUAACAGAGCUUGAGAAAAUCUGCAAAUCCAUAUGUGCAAAGCUGAUACAGAUAUACCCAUGAUGACUCAAAGCUAUAAUCGCUGCCAAUGGUGUUUCUACAAAGUAUUGACUCGGUGUGAAUAAUUAUGUACAUGAGAUUUCUGUAUUUCAUUUUCAAUACAUUUGCAAACAUUGCAAAAUAUGUUUUCACUUUGUCAUUAUGUGUAGAUGGGGGAGAAAAAAAUAUAUUUAGUCAAUUUUUUUAUUCAGGCUGUAACACAACAAAAUGUGGAAUAAGACAAGGGGUGUGAAUACUUUUUAAAGGCACUGUAUGUGUGUCUGAUGCUCUCCAUGGUAUAACAAAUAUAACUGGUUUCCUCUGUCUGUAGGUAUUUCUACUUCCAUAACCAGGGCCUGCAGAACCAGGAUGUGCUCUAUGUGCAGGACUCUCUGGACGGACCGGCCACAGUCUUCUUUGACCCAAACACACUGUCUGAGGAUGGGACUGUAGCCUUGAAGAGUGAGCUCCUGAUUACUGUAAUACACACAAACACACACCAUAACUUUUUAUGUCUCAACCUGAGCCCUCACAAUUCCUCCUCCUCUCGUCAAGCAAUUUACAUUUCUCCUCUGUUAUUUGAUUUUAUUGCUGUGACAAAGGUAGAGUAUAUUGCAAAAAUAUAUAUAAAUGAUAGGCCUACUGUACAUUAUACACUAUAAUAUCACACAAUGUACCGGUAAUAUCUAUUUUUCCUCUUCCUCUCUCCUUGCCUCUCUCUCCUUCUCCUUCCAGUGGGGCGCCUGUCGGAGGAGUGCGAGUACUUUGCGUAUGGCCUGAGCUCCAGCGGCUCUGACUGGGUGACGUUGCACUUCCUGAAGGCUGAUGACCUCAUGACGCUGCCUGAUGUCCUGGACAGGGUGAAGUUCAGCUGCCUGGCCUGGACCCACGAUGCCCGCGGGGUGUUUUAUAAUUGUUACCCCCGGCAGGACGGCAAGGCUGAUGGUGAGACUCACACAGACAUAAACACAUACACAUACAGCAUGUUAUCUACUGUAUACAGUACAACAUAGUAUAUCUACUGUAUAAGUGCACAAACACAUUGAAAAACACACACAGCUUUCUGCAUUGCUCCACAGGCACAGAGACCACAUCCAACCUCAAUCAGAAACUCUACUACCAUGUGAUUGGCACCAACCAAUCAGAGGACAUCCUGGUGGCUGAAUUUCCUGACCAUCCAAAAUGGCACAGUGGAGUAACAGUGAGUUUAAAAGAGAAUGCUUUUUCUUUACAUUUCCCACCUGUUGUCCACCACAUUCUCCAUAUGAAUCUACAACUAUCACUCUGUCACUCUCUUUGUCUCAUCUCCCUCACUUCUGUCUCUCUCCUCCACCUUGUUUGACUCUCUCAAUCCUGGAUCCAUCUUUCUAUCUUUUGUUCUCAGUUUGUAAGUAAUCACUCACAUUGCUAAUGUAGGGAUAGCAUCAGCUAGUACUAAAGCAUCAGAUCAUUUCUCUCUCUCUCUCUCUCUCUCUCUCUCUCUCUCUCUCUCUCUCUCUCUCUCUCUCUCUCUCUCUCUCUCUCUCUCUCUAGGUGUCGGAUGACGGCAGGUAUGCAGUGCUCAACAUCACAGAGGGCUGUGAGCCAGUCAACCAGCUAUGGUACUGUGACCUGGAGAAGCUGCCCAAUGGCAUCACAGGUCUGUCCCUACGAUCUUAAUCAGACCCUGUAUGAAUACCUCACAUCAUAGGUGCGUCUCAAUAAGGUACUAGUUCUUAUUGUCCUAUACAGAUGCAGUCAAAUAUAUUUGUACGAUUCACAAUUUAUUGUAAAAUAAAUUGAAAACAUUUUGGUAUUUCAUGUACAACUGCACAUGACCAUGAAUAAGAUAUCAAAACUGAAAUUGAGAUUUUUCACUUCCAAGUCAAAAAUGGCCUGGACUAAAUUAUUAACAAGUUAAUGUGGUUGGAGGCAAGUGAUUGGGGCGGCAGGUAGCUUAGUGGUUAAGAGCGUUGUGCCAGUACCCGAAAGGUCGCUGGUUCUAAUCCCCGAGCCAACUAGGUGAAAAAUCUGUCGAUGUGCCCUUGAGAAAGGCACUUAACCCUAAUUGCUCCUGUAAGUCGCUCUGGAUAAGAGCGUCUGCUAAAUGACUAAAAUGUAAAAUGUAAAAUGUAAAAUUGUCGUUUACUGGUACUUUAUCUCACCUGUGAUGAGCAGCCUACAGAGUAAAAAUAGCCAUUCAACCACAUUCUGCUCCAUUGCAUAGUGCAUCUGUGCCAAUAUAUUUGACUGCAUCUGUGCCAAUAUAUUUGACUGCAACUGUACCUAUAGGCCUGCUGACCUGGGUGAAGCUGGUGGACAACUUUGAGGCGCAAUACUCCUACAUCACCAAUGAGGGCAGUGUGUUCACCUUCCGCACCAACCUGGAUGCCCCUCGCUACUGCCUGAUCAACAUUGACCUGGAGAAACCAGACAAGGACCACUGGAGGACCCUCCUACCCCAGCACGACAAGGACGUCCUGGGUAAGAGAAACCUGAGCAGUGGUAUCCAACCCUGGUUCUGGAGAGCUACAGGGUGUGCAGGAUUUGGUUCCAGCCCACCACUAAAACAACUGAUAUGACCCAAUGACCUAAUCAUGAUGAUGGUGAUAAGCCAAAUGUGUUUUUUGUGCUGCUUUCGCGUUUCUAUGUGUUUAGACCACUGGACUAAAGGGAGUCAAAUACGUUUUUAGUAUGGUCAGGCUACUUGCCAAGUUUCACUUUUUUGAUUUACAUGUUCAUGUUUCAGUCUAUCGACCACAGUGAGUGGGAACUUCUUGUCAUGGUUAAACGACCUUCCUCAUAGCAUGCAUUUUAAAUAAAAAGUGAAACUUUGGAAGUACGGGAACUUUGUCUCAUGAAUCACAUUUUUAAAAUGUGUGACGUAGCAAGCAACUUGGUCAGCCCUAGGUCAUAAGAUACUUCCAGGCAUUGUAAGAUCUGGCACACGUCUUCAAUGUAGUCGGGCAGAUCAUAUGCAGGGCCAGCCCUGGACUUUCUGCCGCCCUAGGUGAGACAAACAUUUUUUUCUCAAUGUCAAACCAGUGUCUUGUUUGGAAAUAAUUACAUCAUAGACAUCCUUAUGAAUCUAAGCAUGGCACUUUCAAAAGUUACCUUUCCACCCAGACAGAGGCUCUACCGACAAAUUUUUUUUAUCUCCUCGACUGCAGCUCAGCUUCAGAAAGUCUUAGAGAGGAAUCAAUAUAUCCCCAUAUGCAUCAGAGUUAAGUCUUUUGCAGGCAUUUUAGAGCUUGUUUGUACCAUAAGGCAUCACCGAGUUAAGCAUCGUUAUAGAACGCUUGAUAUCAUUUGGAUACUUUUUAUGCAUUUAUUUCAAAAUAUAAAGCAAACAAUAGAUAUCCUUUUUGCCCUUUUCUUUAGCACAGGGGGUAUGUGAUACCCUCACUCAAUUCGAGCCCUGGUUUUAACCAAACACACCAAGCCCUUCCCAGGCAUUUAAUCAGUGCAUCCGACAGUAUUGGAGUAUUUGGCUAUACCGACAUCUAUGGAUAGCAUAAUUGUGUCUGUCAAACAGGUAGGCUUGCCACUUAUAUUUUGGAAUAGGAAGAUUAGGCCCAUAAAAAAUGUUGGUGCACACGUGCACAUAUAGGAGGUCCCUUACCAGGCAGAAGGGAUUUUACUUUAACCCCUGCAUCGGAGAGUUACAAUGUUGCUAUUACUUUGCAGCCAACUACCUAUAGUAGGAAAACGAGUUUCUUAUUAAUAAUAUGCCACCUGUUAUCCCACAUGGCACGAUCCCAUAAUUGUUACAAUUACAAUAAAAAUAACACUAUUACAUAACAUAUUUAACAUAUAUUUUAAUAUUCCUGUAGAACUGUAAAAAUGAGUGAGAUCAUUUGAGCUUUAGAAACAAGUGCUUUCAUAAAUGCAUGGCGGGCCUCGUUUCGCUGGAGCAGUGUAAAAUAAACUUUGUCAAUGACCCAGCCUUAACGAAUUUUGUUUAUUUACAUAGCGAAUCUGAUUGUCCAACAUCAGUUUCAGCAUUUAUUUAUUUAGUCUCCGCCUAGAGUUGCCUCUUUCCUCUGCAGUCAGCGAAGUUUUCUCUCUGUAGCUGUCCAUGGUCCUGAAAUCAAAUUAUCUGAGAGAGACAGAGGGAGGGGAGAGAGAGAGGGGAGAGAGAGAGUUUUUGUCUCUUAGACAUGGUAGCAAAUUGUUUCAAAUCUCUAUAGCUUACUUUAAGUUAAAAUUAUAUCCACUAGUAAUAGCUAGCUAACAUUUAACAGGCUAGGUUAGGCUACUGCCUUAAUCACUAAUCGUCUUCGUCAUACACAAACAUAAAAAACUAAACAAUCAUUGAAUUGGCAGAUUCCUUUUUAUUAAUAUUUCACAAUUGGAUAAUCCCAUAUAAACACACACAUCACCAUAGCUACCAAGGAUAGUGGAAGUGAACUUCGGGAGAAGCGGGAAUGGGGUGAGGGCGGGAACUGCAGCAACGCUAUGAGCUGGUGGCUGGGGUGCCGUCGGCGGUGUAGCAGCCGAUCAAAAUGCCGCCCCAAAUUCAAGUGCCGCCAUUGGUGGCUGUCUAAUCUUACCUAAUGGGUAUGACCCUGGUCAUAUGAAAGUGAGUUGCUUCUCAUGUAAAGUUUAUCCCUUUUACAUACCACAAGGAUGUUCUUCACCAAAACAUAUUGCUACCAUAUUGACUAAUAUCAUUAGAGUAGUGGUGUUUCAUCUGCCUAUCAUUCUGUUAGCUGAGAGAUUUUAAUCAGUACUGAAUGUGGGGCCACAGAUGUUUACUGCCGUAUCUGUGGUUGAGGGUGUGCUGUGAAGGUCUUAGGAGGUUCUAACAGGUGGUUUGUGACGUAUGCUCAGUGUAUUGAGGGUCAAGGGUGUGGGGCUCGCUCGCUCACUCUCUCUCUCUCUCUCUCUCUAUACACACACACUCCUAGAACGAUACACACGCAUACAAGUAUAACCUUAACUGCAUGAACACCGGCACACUGUUGGAAAUCAGCAAACUCAAGCUAUAUUAUUGACAUUUGUUCUAUUUAUACUCAACUUGACUUACUAGCAUUGCACUUCUUUGUUUUGGUUGAACUCACUAUACUAGAAUGUCCAGUAUAGUUGCUGUACCUUAGACAAAGUCCAUUUGAGAGGUGAAAGGAGUAAACAGGAAGUCUUUGUCCCAUGCUGUACUACAAUUAUGAAAAGCAUACUGCCAUCUAUUGGACAAGAGAAACAACAGUGUGUGAAGAAUACCUAACACAGUAUACUUUAACAUUGGAAAACAAAACAAAAAUUGCAUCCCCCUUGCAAUAAUUUGCCAUGAAAUUGGAUCCUAUAUAUACUACCAGUCAAAAGUUUAGACACACCUACUCAUUCAAGGGUUUUUCUCUCAAUUAUUACUGUUUUCUACAUUGUAGAAUAAUAGUGAGGACAUCAAAACUAUGAAAUAACACAUAUGGAAUCAUGUAGUAACCAAAAAAGUGUUAUAUAUUUGAGAUUCUUCAAAUAGCCACCCUUUGCCUUGAUGACAGCUUUGCACAUUCUUGGCAUUCUCUCAACCAGCUUCAUUAGGUAGUCACCUGGAAUGCAUUUCAUUUAACAGGUGUGCCUUCUUAAAAGUUAAUUUGUGGAAUUUCUUUCCUUCUUAAUGUGUUUGAGCCAAUCGGUUGUGUUGUACAGAAGAUCACCCAAUUUUUUUGGUAAAACACCAAGUCCAUAUUAUGGCAAGAACAGCUCAAAUAAGCAAAGAGAAACAACAGUCCAUCAUUACUUUAAGACAUGAAGGUCAGUCAAUAUGGACAUUUUUAAGAACUUUAAGUUUCUUCUAGUGCAGUCGCAAAAAUCAUCAAGCGCUAUGAUGAAACUGGCUCUCAUGAGGACCGCCACAGGAAUGGAGGACCCAGAGUUACCUCUGCUGCAGAGGAUAAGUUCAUUAGAGUUACCAGCCUCAGAAAUUGCAGCCCAAAUUAAUGCUUCACAGAGUUCAAGUCACAGACACAUCUCAACAUCAACUGUUCAGAGGGGACUGUGUGAAUCAGGCCUUCAUGGUCGAAUUGCUGCAAAGAAACCACUACUAAAGGACACCAAUAAUAAUAAGAGACCUGCUUGGGCCAAUAAACACGAGCAAUGGACAUUAGACCGGUGGAAAUGUGUCCUUUGGUCUGGAGUCCAAAUUUGAGAUUUUUAGUUCCAACCGCCGUGUCUUUGUGAGAUGCGGUGUGGGUGAACGGAUCAUCUCUGCAUGUGUAGUUCCCACCGUAAAGCAUGGAGGAGGAGGUGUUAUGGUGCGGGGAUGCUUUGCUGGUGAUACUGUCUGUGAUUUAUUUAGAAUUCAAAGGCACACUUGACCAGCAUGGCUACCACAGCAUUCUGCAGCGAUACGACAUCCCAUCUGGUUUGGGCUUAGUGGGACUAUCAUUUGUUUUUCAACAGGACAAUGACCCAACACACCUCCAGGCUGUGUAAGGGCUAUUUUACCAAGAAGGAGAGUGUUGGAGUGCUGCAUCAGAUGACCUGGCCUCCACAAUCCCCCGACCUCAACCCAAUUGAGAUGGUUUGGGAUGAGUCGGACGGCAGAGUGAAGGACAAGCAGCCAACAAGUGCUCAGCAUAUGUGGGAACUCCUUCAAGACUUUUGGAAAAGUAUUCCAGGUGAAGCUGGUUAUGAGAAUGCCAAGAGUGUACAAAGCUGUCAUCAAGGCAAAGGGUGGCUAUUUGAAAAUAUAAAUAAUAUAUUUUGAUUUGUUGAACACUUUUUUGGUUACUACAUGAUUCCAUAUGUGUUAUUUUAUAGUUUUGAUGUCUUCACUAUUAUUCUUCAAAGUAGAAAAUAGUAAAAAUAAAGAAAAACCCUUGAAUGAGUAGGUGUGUACAAACUUUUGAAUGGUACUGUAUGUCAGGUUGUUGGUGCAUUAUGCUUUUAUUAUAAUCCAAGGCCAGUUUCAUUAUUUAGCAGAAAGUGUUUCAAGUUUUAAACAGAAAAACUGAUUCUAGACCUGCUGAUAUGCUCAGAAGGAACCCAAGUAGCCUACAUUGUAAGCAUUUUCUGUCAUCCAUUAGGCUCCGUGGCCUGUGUGAACCAGCUCCACCUGCUGGUCAACUAUGUCCAUGAUGUGAAGGACAUCCUGCAGUUGUAUGACCUGUCCACUGGUUGUCUGGUCAGAGAUCUGCCUCUGGACGUGGGCACUGUGGUGGGCCUCAGCUGUAAGAAGAAACACUCUGACUUCUUCUACAAGUUCACCUCCUUCACCACACCAGGUACUGUACUGUCUAGUAGGGGAUAUUCAACUUAAUUUGUGGUGUUAGACAUGAAAAGGUUAUGUAAUUUAUUGUGACUAACCUAUGAACAUAAAGGUGAUGUUCAUUGGCAUAACCUGAUGUGUUUAUGCCUCCUUGUCUUUUCACUUAAUUAUUAUUCAUUAGGGUUAAUAUUCUCACUAUUAGUAUGGAGUGACAACUUACAUUCAACACAAAGGAAGACUAACUUUGAAUACUACUGUUGGGUACCCUCCCGCCAACGUCCUUAUUAUCUAUAACCUUUGACCUCUCUAUGACCUCUAACCCCUAUGUGUCGUGUCUCUCCCAGGUGUGAUCUACCACUGUGACCUGAGCCAGGCGUCUCCAGAACCCACAGUGUUCAGACAGGUGGAGGUGAAGGGUAUCCAACAGGAGGACUAUGAAACCAACCAGGUAAGACAACAGCAGAUUACAACUACUUACAGUAAGAAUUUACAGUAUCUUGACAAUCUCAGUAUGUCAACAUUGCUGUGUGUUUCAGGUGUUUUACCCCAGUAAGGAUGGAACUAAAAUCCCCAUGUUCCUGGUGCACGCCCGGGGCCUUAAGAAGGAUGGAUCACAUCCUGUCUUCCUGUACGGAUAUGGAGGCUUUCAGAACUCCAUCCAACCAUACUACAAGUUAGUAUCACAAUGCAUGACUCUCCAACGGAACAUUAUGUAUCUUUCCCCUCCAGGAAUUCAUAAGUAUAUAAUUCAUCCAAAUGAUCUGUAUUCUGAGUCAGUUUGAUUUGAGUGACACCUGUCCAUCACCCCUCCCUCUCUGUCUCUCUCUCUCUCUGUCAGUGUUCCAUACCUGCUGUUUGUCAGACACCUGGGGGGAAUCCUGGCUGUAGCCAACAUCAGAGGAGGAGGGGAGUACGGACAGACCUGGCACAAAGGUACCGUAUCUUCACCACCUGAAGAAGCAUAGAAAUGGGUUAAAUAAAGCUACAGUAUGUUAAACCUACGGGCUGCGAUUCGCUAGUCUAUAUUCACUAGCACAGCUUUCCACUAUUUUGCCUUCAUGUCAUGCUUGGGGGGGAGUGAAUAAGAUGGAAACUACUGUAGCUAUGACUAUUGAUACCCGGCCCCAGUCUCUCUGUAGCUCAGUUGGUAGAGCAUGGCACUUGCAAGGCCAGGAUAGUGUGUAAAAUGAAUGCAUGCACGUCUGCAAAAUGGCAUAUAUUAUUAUAUUAUCUGUGGACUAUGGCAGUAUCCUUUCUAGAGUUGAAUUCCUGUCUCUGUCUAGGUGGUACCCUGGGGAACAAGCAGAAUUGCUUUGAUGACUUCCAGUGUGCAGCAGAGUAUCUAAUCCAAGAGAACUACACCACAGCCAGCCGCAUAGCCAUCAACGGAGCCUCCAAUGGGGGCCUGCUCGUGGGUAUGGAGAGAGGAUGGGGAAGGUUGUGUGUGUUAAGGCCAUCUUUCUAAAUUGUCUCCUAGUUCGAUCAAUCAAAACCGCAUUAUCUCUUUUCAUUUUUUUUAUAUCUUCAGUAUAAUUGUUAAUGUAAAAUCCAUCAAAUAGUAGUUGGCUACUUAGCUUCAAUUAGUUCAGUGAUUAGACAGCACAUUAACAGUAGUUAGUUACAUGAUUUAGAAAGACUGCCAACCGUAUUGCAUUGUACAAAUCCAACUAAAGUGUACUUCCCUAUUUUAAGUGGCCAUUUACAAAAUAUUGGAUGUUGCUGUAGUGUGUGUGUGUGUGUGUGUGUGUGUGCUUGUCAAAGAGUGAGUUGGGUAUGUUUAAAAAGUGUAAUUGCGCAUGUAACAAGUGUAAGACAGGUCUUUCUCUCUAUCUCUAUAGCAUGAAACACACCGAGAAUCUCACUGCCGAUAGGUAUUUACCACAGUGGGAGCCCGUUCCUUGCUAGAACAAAAGUGGUACCUGCUGCGUGCAGACCCGGUAGUGACGAACAUACCGAUUCUACCUGUAGAAUCGUAAUGCUUGUCAGUAGCCAACAACUUGACUGAGCCAAUCAGAGCGCACGAACCCCCACUUGGGGGAGUAAAAAAAUAAUUAACAAAAAUAGGGAUUGUUUUUGGUACAUCCACAGAUGAGCCAGUCAGACUUCAUAUGCAGUGUAGGCUAUGGAAUGGGAGCCAGCUAAAUGCAGACACAAUGCACACAACAUUAAAUACUUCCUCAAAGCUAGCUAACCACUGUAGCUAGUAUUGACACAGGGCUGCCAACUUUUGAAGAAAGCUUGGAGUGAGAUUUACUAUCUGAAUUUCAUUGUCCCCUGGCACAACCCCUAGACUGAAAAUGUUACUGUUUUAAAGCUCAUUUCCUGCAAUUGUACAUAUUUUGACAUGGCUUAGGCCUAUGACCAGGGUGGACAAUAUAUAUUUUUAACCACAGGUCAGGUGUAUUCAGGAUACUUUGAACAUUAAAUGAACACAAAAAAUUUGACGACUUAGAGAUUUUUGGGGGCUAAAUAUUUACUUUCUUUUUUGUUGUGGUUUGACACUUUAUUCAGACAGUAAUGAGAUGGGGAGACAGGCAAAUGCUAGAAACAGUGGGAAGGUUGGAAGCAGGAAUUUAUCCCUGUUCUCAGGUGGAAAGUUUUGUGUGACACGUGUGUGACACGUGCCACGGGGGCGCACCGAUUUGGUGUCACCUUGUUAGUCAGUAUGUGUUACAGUUACACCAGUGCUGAUUUGUCAUCUCGUUAGUGGGAAGGUGUUUCACCUGGGCUGGCCCAGGUGAUAUUUAAGAGUGGCUGGCCCAGUGCUCCAGUUGUCUUGAGAGAUGUGGAGGGUUAACACCUUUAGUUUAGUUGUUUUGCUCCACUUUUUGAUUUGCUGACUUUAAGUUCGGUGUUUUUUUUUAUUUUGUUUGCCUCUGCUUGGGCAAAUUUAGUGUGCGCUCAUGGUGGGUGUCUUUUUCGGUCCCAGUUGUUGUUGCUAGUCAACUUUCAGUGGACAUCCCCAUGAGUGUCAGAACCCCUCCUAAAACCCCACCUGUUUUGGUUGUGGUCAGUGACUCUUUGUUAGUUCCCCCUUCUGUUUGAGAGACUGGGGGACCCAGUUACGGACCCAGUUUCUUGCUGGGGACCGUAACACCACUACACCAAGGCUCUGCUCAGGAAAUAAUAAUAUUAAUGGUUGAUGGCAGUGGGUAACCAAAUCAUAGAUUGCAGUCUCCUUGUCCAUAUACUGCGUUCAAGGUAUGGACACAAACAUUUUGUAUUUUGUAAUUUGGGUGAACGCUCUCUUUAAAAUAGGGCUGGAUGAAAAUCCUGCUUGCUCUCCAGGAGGGUUGGUGACCCCUGAUCUACUGUACAUGGGCUCAGAUACGAUACAGGAACCAUACGUAUCUAGAUACAUGGGCUCAGAUACAAUACAGGAACCAUAUGUUUUAGUUUGAAAUGAUUCGGUGCGAUUCGGUGUACUAACAUUUGUUGCAUAAACACAUUCAUUUUCCAUUCUAAAUUAAAAUCUGCUGCUGAUGUGUUGAUGAUGUGUUAAUGAUGUUGUACCCACAAUAACAAUAUGGACAUACCACAACCAUGCUGAGAGCCUGUACUGCAGCAUUCAAUGUCAGCAGAACGGUCCCUGGCGGUGAUGCAAGGCAAGCAGGUAUGAGCGCCGCAAAUCCAUUAGGGACGCAGAAAGACAAUACAGACUCAAACUUCAAUUGAUGUUCGACAACCCAGACUUGCGACGCAUGUUACAAGGACAACAGACAUCUUCAACCUGUCCCUGUCCGAGGGUGUAGUACCCACCUGCUUCAAGGAGACCACAAUCAUCCCAUUGCCCAAGAAAGACAAGGUGACAUGCCCAAAUGACUAUUGCCCCGUCGCACUCACCACGGUCAUCAUGAAGUUCUUCGAGAGGCUGGUCAUGGCCCACAUCAAGGCCAGCAUACCAGGCAAACUGGACCCCCUCCAAUUGACCUACCGCUCCAACAGAUCCACAUCUGGACAAGAGGAACACCUAUGGGAGAAUACUGUUCAUUGACUACAUUUCAGCAUUCAACACUAUUGUUCCCUACAAGCUCGACACCAAGCUCAGAGUCCUGGGUCUGGACUCCACCAUCUGCAACUGGAUUCUGGACUUCCUGUGGGGCAGACCACAGGCUGUGAUGAUAGGAAACAACACCUCAUCCACACUGACUCUUUUUUUUAUAUAUAUAUAUAAUAUAUUUGUUUUAUAUAUACAGUGAGGGGAAAACAUAUUUGAUCCCCUGCUGAUUUUGUACGUUUGCCCAAUGACACAGAAAUGAUCAGUUUAUUUGAACAGUGAGAGACAGAAUAACAACAACAAAAUCCAGAAAAACGCAUGUCAAAAAUGUUAUAAAAUGAUUUGCAUUUUAAUUAGGGAAAUACGUUUUUUUUUUUUUGUAAAUUUUUUAGUCAUUUAGCAGACGCUCUUAUCCAGAGCUUCUUCUUGAGCCACUCCUAUGUUGCCUUGGCCGUGUGUUUUGGGUCAUUGUCAUGCUGGAAUACCCAUCCACGACCCAUUUUCAAUGCCCUGGCUGAGGGAAGGAGGUUCUCACCCAAGAUUUGACGGUACAUGGCCCCGUCCAUCGUCCCUUUGAUGCAGUGAAGUUGUCCUGUCCCCUUAGCAGAAAAACACCCCCAAAGCAUAAUGUUUCCACCUCCAUGUUUGACGGUGGGGAUGGUGUUCUUGGGGUCAUAGGCAGCAUUCCUCCUCCUCCAAACACAGCGAGUUGAGUUGAUGCCAAAGAGCUCAAUUUUGGUCUCAUCUGACCACAACACUUUCACCUAGUCCUCCUCUGAAUCAUUCAGAUGUUAAUUGGCAAACUUCAGACGGGCAUGUAUAUGUGCUUUCUUGAGCAGGGGGACCUUGCGGGCGCUGCAGGAUUUCAGUCCUUCACGGCGUAGUGUGUUACCAAUUGUUUUCUUGGUGACUAUGGUCCCAGCUGCCUUGAGAUCAUUGACAUGAUCUUCCCGUGUAGUUCUGGGCUGAUUCCUCACCGUUCUCAUGAUCAUUGCAACUCCACGAGGUGAGAUCUUGCAUGGAGCCCCAGGCCGAGGGAGAUUGACAGUUAUUUUGUGUUUCUUCCAUUUGCGAAUAAUCGCACCAACUGUUGUCACCUUCUCACCAAGCUGCUUGGCGGUGGUCUUGUAGCCCAUUCCAGCCUUGUGUAGGUCUACAAUCUUGUCCCUGACAUCCUUGGAGAGCUCUUAGGUCUUGGCCAUGGUGGAGAGUUUGGAAUCUGAUUGAUUGAUUGCUUCUGUGGACAGGUGUCUUUUAUACAGGUAACAAGCUGAGAUUAGGAGCACUCCCUUUAAGAGUGUGCUCCUAAUCUCAGCUCGUUACCUGUAUAAAAGACACCUGGGAGCCAGAAAUCUUUCUGAUUGAGAGGGGGUCAAAUACUUAUUUCCCUCAUUAAAAUGCAAAUCAAUUUAUAAAAUUUCUGACAUGUGUUUCUCUUGAUUUUUUUGUUGUUAUUCUGUCUCUCACUGUUCAAAUAAACCUACCAUUAAAAUUAUAGACUGAUCAUUUCUUUGUCAGUGGGCAAACGUACAAAAUCAAUACUUUUUUCCCUCACUGUAUAUUUUCCUUUAUUUUCCCUAACCCUACCACCCCUCCCCUAAUUGAAGUAAACUAAUGGACAACAACACUUAGGCUUCUACUUCCAGCUGAUACAUACUAUAUACAUUUUACGGACACAAUGUAUUUUACAAUAGUUAUAUUUUGUUUGUUUUUAAUCCCAUCCUUCAACUACCCUCAAGCCUCCAUAUAUCCACACUGACUCCUAACACAUGGGCCUCCCAGUGGUGUGUCCUCAGCCCUUUGCUGUACUCCCAGUUCACCCACGACUGCGUGGCUUUGCACGACACCAACUCCAUCAAGUUUGUUGACGACACCACUGUUGUAGGCCUGAUAACCAACAACGACGAGUCAGCCUAUAGGGAGGAGGUAAGUGAACUGGCAUUGUAGUGCCAGGACAACAACCUCUUCCUUAACAUCAGCAAAACAAAGGAGUUUAAUUUUGACUUCAGGAAGCAGAGGUGGGAACAUGCCCCAAUCUACAUCAACGGGACCGCAGUAGAGAGAGUCUGCAGGCUCAGAGACAGUUUCUAUCUACAAGCCAUCAGACUGCUGAACACUUGAACUGGACUGACGAUUCUGUGCUUCCAACUUUGUGGCAACAAUUUGGGGAAAGCCCUUUCCUGUUUCAGCAUGACAAUGCCCCCGUGCACAAAGCGAGGUCCAUACAGAAAUGGUUUGCCGAGAUUGGUGUGGAAGAACUUGACUGGCGUGCACGGAGCCCUGACCUCAACCCCAUCGAACACCUUUGGGAUGAAUUGGAUCGCCGACUGCGAGCCAGGCCUAAUCGCCCAACAUCAGUGCCCAAUGCUCUUGAGGCUGAAUGGAAGCAAGUCCCCGCAGCAAUGUUCCAACAUCUAGUGGAAAGCCUUCCCAGAAGAGUGGAGGCUUUAUAGCAGCAAAGGGGGGACCAACUCCAUAUUAAUGGCCAUGAUUUUGGAACAUUUUCAAUCACCCAAUCUUCAAGAAAAAUCUAAUGAAUAUCAAUAUUCAGGUGGUUUAUGUCUACUAGUUUAAGAUCCUUGUCAUCAUCUUACUCUACAUAGACAUAUGAUACAUAGAUAUAUGAUGCAUUUAUGAGUUGAGUCCCACUACCAUCUCUGCCUAGCAUGUGCACAAUACUAAAAUGUCAAAUUAUAUUUGAUUCCUGGAGCAUUUAAUAUCCAAUGCUUAUUUGUAUGACUUAUUUAAAACUGUCCAUGAAUGGCUUCAAUAAUACAUAGCCUCAUAUAAUUAAUUUUUUAAGACAAGUAGGCAUAUCAAAUUUCAGAUAUUUGAUUACACUGGCAAAAUUGGGAAGAAGUGGAAUAAUAAAAUAAGUGUGGGGAAUAACAGUAGUGUUCUUGCUGACAAGCACAGUAAUUACCCUUUUAGCCCAUUGUUCCACUGAUCAGACUAAAUAAAGUCAAUAGAUAAUACAAAUCUCCUGAAGACAAGAGGACAUAAAUCUGCCCCUACACCCUAACCAAAUAAUUUUUCUAUCCUCUAUUUUCCCUCCACUUUUCGGUUCACAAUCUGUUUGACAAAAUGAUUUUCAUAGUUACAAAUCAGGUCACACUACCAAACUUCCCUGCUAAAACAGACUGUAGGUCUGUCUGCUGCCUUUUCAUUGUCACAGCCUAAAUGCCAAUCACCAAAGGAAGGGACUAAUGCAAGUGUGGAUUAAAUCGACUUUAGUACAUGCUGUCAAAAGGCUGAAUUCUGCAAUAAUAGGGACAGGACUAAAAGCAACCUAAUUUUGUUGACGACAUUGUACAUAAACAGCACUACCGUGCUGCUCUUUUUACAGUUUUAUAAACUCAGCUGAGAAUGUUCUCUCUCUCCAUUCAGUUCCACUAAUCUUGAGGUUGGUUUUUUAUCAAACUAAUUAGAAAAAUAAAAGCAGUACUUUUCCAUGUGUGAGAUAUAAGAGGUAUGCCGUGAGAGCAUGAGAAGAGGGUCAAAUGCGUGUCUCACGGCCAACGCUUGAGAGUUGGCAGCUCUGAUUGACAUUAUAAUUAAAUCACAAUGGAUUUGCUAGUUUUCAUAAAACAGCUGUUUGUGUUAGCUGGCGAGUUAGUGCAGUGUUCUUAGCUAGCUAUCUUGCUAUGUUGUGCUAGCUAGCGAAUAUGCUAACGUUAGCUAACUAAAUAAGAAAGGGCUUUCUACAAAAUAACAUUAGUGCAGACAGCUUGGACUCUAGACCAUAAGCAAUACGCACAGAUAUGCAUUGCCAAACAACACUACUGCUACAUUCUGGUUUGGAGUGUUUCAACAAGGCUGAGUGGGUGACGACAUCCAAGGUCUUUGUUGUGUGAACACAAGAGAUUGACUGCCGACACUCUUCAGAGGUGCUAAGUACUGUCGACAGGCAAACGUUUUACAAUCCCACCAGUGUGUCUGGCCAUUUAGGAAAGAUUGGAUGUUGCUGUAGUGUGUGUGUGUGUGUGUGUGUGUACUUGUCAAAGAGUGAGUUGGGUAUGUUUAAGAAGUGUAAUUACACAUAUAACAAGUGUAAGACAUGUCUUUCAGUAUCUAUCUAUUUCUAUCGCUCUCUCACACACACUUUCAAACCCAGCGGCGUGUGUGAACCAGUGUCCGGACCUGUUUGGCUGUGCUGUGGCUAAGGUUGGGGUGAUGGACAUGCUCAAGUUCCACAAGUUCACCAUCGGCCACGCCUGGACCACUGACUAUGGCUGUGCAGACCAUCCUGAGCAGUUCAAAUGGCUCAUCAAGUAAGUCUGGCAUACUCAAUCACACACACAAACUAAACAUACAUCACAUACUGAACGUGAACACUUGCAUUGGACGCCGCAUUCGUAAUUUGUAUUUGGUAGAACUCAAUUCUUUAUCUCUCCCUCCACUCACCCUCAGGUACUCCCCUCUCCACAACCUCCCCCCUGCCCCUCACGUUGGCGCUGCCUACCCUGCCAUGCUCCUACUGACUGCCGACCAUGAUGACAGGGUGGUGCCCCUCCACACCCUGAAGUACUGUGCCACACUGCAGCACGGUGUGGGCAGCAGCUCCGGGCAGCGCCAGCCUCUCAUGGUCCGGGUGGACACCUGCAGCGGGCACGGGGCGGGCAAGCCUACCACUAAGGCCAUCCUGGAGGAUACACACAUCUUCUCCUUCAUCGCUCAGACACUGGGGCUGAGCUGGAGAGAGUGAGGAGGAAGAGCGGUCGAAGGGGGAGGAGAAAAGGGGAGUGGUCACCAACCUUUUCUGAGUCAAUAUCACUUUCGUAGUCAAAAAGCAAGCCAAGAUCUACCGCUCAGAUUUCUUUUAAACAUGACUUUUUUUACAUUAACCUAAUAAAAACAGUUAUGUAGGAAUGAGGUUUGUGCAGUAUGCCUAAUACAUUAUCACAGCAUAUUGGCUAUAUGCCUGGCCUGCCAAUAUUGUUAUUCUCAGACCAUAUUAUAUUUCAAAACUCGAGCUUUGAUAAUAAAAUAGAUCAGUUGGUGUAGCACUUGCGAGGCACAGGUGAGCAUAAAUUGAAAUAAUUUGCAAAUAAUUUGCUUUUUUAUUUUACUGGACUGAUGGUACCUGCAUUUGAUGGUCAUGGUGCUUUCAAGACAACUGGGUACUCAGAAAAAAAAACGAGGUCAACGAGUGAUCUUCAGGUCGGAACGUCAGCGCUCUAGAAAGAUGCUUGAGUUUCCGACUUGGAAUUCCGAGUUGGAUGACCGCUCAAAACGAUUUUUUCCAUUCGGAUCUCAUUUUUUCCCCGAGUUCGCAGUUGUCUUGAACGCUCGGAAGUCUGAGAUUUCCGAGUUGCCAGUUGUUUUGAACACGGCAUUAGUCUCAGCAGAGGGAGCGAGAGAGCAGCAGAGGGUUUGCCUCUCACUGUCCCUGCUCUCCCCUUCCUUUCCUCCGGUGAGACUGACCAGAGAGAGGGGAAACCGUCUUCCACCUGAAGGCGAAACUCGAGUCGCACUGCAUCUGCCUCAUGCACAAAUUUAUGUUGUUCCUAUGACUAGAGAAAGUGAAAUAUUCCUCAAUAUUAAAAUACACAUGAUGGGCUGCUAAUAAUAAUACUAACGCAGGGAUAUCGAUACACCUGGCUACUCAUAGUAGGGUGAUUCUGCAACUACGGGUACUUCUAUGUCCUCGGGCUACAUUUUUAGGAAUUGUAUUUUUAAAAAUGUUUAGUUACAUGUUAAGUUCACACUACAAUCACCCCAGACUUUUUUAACACCUCUCUAUCAAGUAUUUUAGCUACUUUUCAGAUGCAUUUUAUACCUACAUGUCACUGUUUUGCCCUUGUCCCUGACCGACCUUUGAGCUUCUACUAUGUUUGUCUAUGAGAAAACAUUAAUUACACAUUAUAUAAUGUUAUCUACUAGAGAAAAAGUCAAUAAAAUCUAUUUCAAUAUUUAUUGUGAGUAUACCCUUUUAUAUCGUUUUUUACACAAAAUAUACCUGUCCUUUGGUAGUGGUGUCAUUUCCACCACUGAGGACAAAUUCCUCAUUAAUAAAGUUUUUUCAAGAGAAUGUUAACUUGGUUACCAUGGAAACGUAUUGUGACACUGAAGCACAUGGCUGCAGCUGACAGUUGUUCCAGAUGUGAUGUCCAGAAGUUGAAGAAAAAUCUAGGUAAAUAUUGCUUGUGUACAGAAUAUUUUUGUCAGUCAUUUCCAAACAGGCUAUUAUAGCCUAUAUUAUAUAUAUAUUACAGUAAUCCCUCGUUUAUCGCGGGGGUUACGUUCCGAAAAUGACCCGCGAUAAGUGAAAUCCGCGAAAUAGAAAACUUUUUUUUUUUACAAUUAGCAACUAUUACAUGUAUACAAAUACAGUGACUCACGUGUAGGCCGUUUCACUGCUCUUCAGACUGGGCCGCUGCAUCCUGACUGCGCUCUGCAGUGUUCUCUUCUUCUGAAGCCCGCCGUGCAGGUGUGUUUGUUCGGGAGAAGAACAUAGUGAUAGGCAGCUGUUGUCGCUCUUUUUUCUUCUUUGCAAAAAGAUCCUUGUACACCGACAUGCCACCAUCGAUUACGUUGGAGAACUGUAAUGAACGGCUCAUCAAAGGGUCCCAUUCCUCAGCUACUCGCUUAAGUUCAGUGGCCAUUCGCACCAUGGUUGCUAAGCGACCAAGCGUUAGUCCUUCCUCCUCAUCUCUCGUGUCCUCUUCUCCCUCUUCUCUUUCAUCGUCGCUUUGUGGCUUUGUCAUUUACCUUCCCUUAGCAUGUCCAGAAGUUUAACUUUAUCUGAGAUAGGUAGCAUCUUCCGCCGUUUGGGCCCAUCCGCAGGUGCUUUUGUCGGUCCAGGCCGUUUCGUCGACAUUAUGGGUUUAGGAGAUGUUCGAAAUUACAAGAUAAUUUGGCCAACUUAAUGUAAAUUUGCCAAGCUGUUUUAUGUACGUACACAUAACUGCACGAGACGACAAAAUGAUAGCACAAUUCGUAGCAUGUUUUGAUACAAGAAGCGGGAGUGAGUUUUUAGCGAAUCAGAAUGCAGAGCACAAUGCACCAAAAAAAAAAAAAUGCAUUAUGAAAAUCCGCGAAAUAGCGAAUCCGCGAUAAGUGAACCGCGAAGUGGCGAGGGAUCACUGUAUAUAUAAUAUAUUAUAUAUAUUAUAGCCUGUUUGGAAAUGACUGACAAAAAUAUUCUGUACACAAGCAAUAUUUACCUAGAUUUUUCAGUGUCACAAUAUGUUUCCAUGGUAACCAAGUUUCUUUAAUUUGUGGAAUUUUGUAAAACAUCUUUAUAUUUUAUGUAUUUAAUGUAAACUAUAUGCUGGUUGUAAUACUAGCUAAAGCAUGCUAAACAGCCUGUCAUUUUUCCUCUGCAAACCCACGCUAACCUCCAGUUCAUGGCAGAAAAACUACAUUAUCACAAAGUGAUCAGCUGCAACAACAUUGAGAACCUUAUUGAGUCGUUGUACAGAGAGUGCUCACUUUGCCAAGCAAAAGAGCUUAAACAUCUGCCUUUGAUGCUGGUGAGCAGACAGUGGUUUAGAGAGAGAGAGAGAGAGAGAGAGAGAGAGAGAGAGAGAGAGAGAAAAAAAAAAACAUGGAGAAGUUCACUGUACAUUUUACAGUAAAAGAAAAGGUGUGUGGCACACUGCAGAUACUACUGGAGGACUUCGCCAAAGGAUUGAAAGAGAAGUUGGGAAACACGUGUACAACAUUCGAUACCAAUACUCCAAACUGA